AUGCAUCUGCGGUUUGGAGGCCAAAGACAUGUUGUCCACAUGAAGGCCAAGAAGCUAUUAGUUUCUCCACACCUCCCAGUGUUCACUUACACAGAGCAGCAUAACCUCCAUCAGGAUCAGCCCUUUGUCCAGGAUGACUGCUACUAUCAUGGUUUUGUGGAGGGGGUCUCUGAGUCCCUGGUUGCCCUCAGUACCUGUUCAGGGGGCUUUCAAGGAUUGCUACAGAUAAAUGAACUUGCUUAUGAAAUUAAGCCAAUAAAGCUUUCUGUUACAUUUGAACACUUGUUAUAUAAGAUAGACACUAAUGAGACACAGUUCCCACCCCUGAGAUGUGCAUUAACAGAAGAGAAAAUAGCACGCCAAUUGGAAUUGCAAAUGUCACAUAAUUUCACUCUGAAACAAAGUUCUUAUGUGGGCUGGUGGACUCACGCACGGUAUGUUGAGCUAGUAGUCGUUGUGGACAAUGUUAGAUAUGUUUUCUCCCAAAGCAAUGUGACCAAAGUGCAGUUAGACAUCAUUAAUGCUCUCAAUACGGUAGAUUCCAUAUAUAACGCUUUGGAAGUUGAUGUAAUUUUGACUGGUAUGGAAGUCUGGACUGCAGAAAACCUAGUUAAUACCAGUGUUGACUUAGAUGUGGUUGCGAAGUCGUUUGCAAAUUGGAAGCAUAAAAAUCUUAAUAGACGUCUGCCUCAUGAUGUUGCACAUCUUGUAAUAAAAGAAUUAGUUGGCAUAAAACAAGGUUCCGCAUAUGUUAAAGGAAUAUGCCGUAGUCCUUAUAACUCUGGAGCUCUUGUUUUUGCAGACAACAACUUAUACAUUUUUGCAAUGAUUGUGACCCAUGAGCUUGGCCAUAAUUUGGGUAUGGUGCAUGACACUCAAGGGUGUACAUGUGGCUUAGCUUCGUGCAUAAUGCAUCCCUAUAAAAAGUCAUCAAAUAAAUUUAGCAAUUGCAGUUAUGCCGAUUUUUGGGACAAUACUCUGAAAACAUGUAUUUAUCCUCCUCCAAAUGCAGGGAAUAUCUUUAAGUUGAAGUAUUGUGGGAAUCUCGUAAUUGAAGAAGGAGAGGAGUGUGACUGUGGAACUAAUGAUCAAUGUGCAAAAGAUGACUGUUGUCUGUCUAACUGCACUUUGCGUUCUGGAGCUUCUUGUGCUUCUGGGCUUUGUUGCAAGGACUGUAAAUUAAUGCCAUCAGGGACUUUAU